AUGAACAACAAGUCAGUUUUAGUCACAGGAGCAAACGGUUACAUCGGCAGAGCCGUGGCCUGUGCGUUUGUGCGUGCUGGGUGGGUUACUUACGGUCUAGUUCGCUCGUCAAAGUUCAUCGCAUCGCUUGCAGUUGAAGAAAUACUGCCAGUAGUUGGCGAUAUCGAUGACAUCGCCUCGCACAGCGCGAUCUAUGAUGCCAUCCCAUCAACACUAAAUGUGAUCGUAUCCACUACCGAGAAUACAUUUAAUUAUACUUCGCAUUUCGACAAUAUUAUCACGCUUCUUCGAACUCUUUCAUUUUCCAGCUUGGCCAGGGGUGUUCGUCCUCUGGUAAUCUUUACUGCAGGGAGCAAAGACUAUGGUGUUGGACCACACUUUGCUGAUAACCCUGACCUGACGCCGCACGAUGAGCACUCAGAUCUCCACCCUCCCCCCUUUGCUAUUCCCCGUGUACAAAACAUGUCGAAGCUGUUUCAGAAUUAUGAUGCAUUUGCAGCUGUGCUCGUCAGACCGACCAACGUAUACGGCCGAGCUUCAAGCUACUACAGUGUCUGCUUUCGAGUCGGCUCCAGAGCAGCAUCGAAUAAACACUCAAAUGAGCAAGUCCUCAUCGCGCCAACACAGCCUAACUGGAUAUGCCAUGCGCUACAUAUCGAUGACUGCGCCGAGGCUUAUGUCGCCAUCGCGUCUGCACCAAGGGAAACUGUCGAAGGCGAGGUAUUCAAUAUCUCAUCCCAGCAAUUUGAGACAGCGGAGAAAAUCCUUGGUGCUAUUGUAAAGGAGUAUGGGCUUGCUGGAGGAAUAAGAUAUGUGGACCUCAAAGACUUGAAACCUGAUGAAGAUUCAUCGCUGGCAAUGGUAGUUGGUUUCCCGCAAUGGACGUGCUCGGAGAAGUUGAGGAGAGUGACAGGUUGGACAGACCGUCGCUUGCCUUUUUCAGAUGCCAUACAUAUUUACCGGCUUGCCUACGAAGCGGCCGCACACUUGAAGGACGAAAACGUGGAAAAGAUUGGGAGAACUACUGGCGCAAUAAUGACUACGAUACAAAGUCUAGAGUUAUGA